AUCUACUCAAGACUGAUACUGAAACCUUGAACUGGAGGAGAUUGCCUGUUGAAAAAUUGAGACAUAGUCUGAAAUCUACUGUUGUUGGAAAAGAAAGUGAGAGCAAAACUAUAGACUGGUUCAGAGGUUUUAGACUAUAGUCACUAUGGUGGAUAAAAUAAAAUUUGAGGGAGAGUUUGAGCUGACAGAUGAGAUGAAGAAGCAGUUCGAUGAUGACGGCUUUAUUGUUGUCAAAGAUUUGCUGGAUAAAGAAGUAAUAGCACAGAUGUGGAAACUAUUUGAAGGGCCUGAUGGGAUCCUCAAACAUUCUUAUGAGACAACAGAGCCAGAUGGAAGGAAGAUUCUGCGUGUGAUGUAUCAGCAUGCAGGAACUGAUGUUAGCGGUAUGAUUUCCAGGUCAGAGAAGAUCGUAAACACUUGUGAAAAGUUACUGGGUGGAGAAGUUUAUCACUACCACGGAAAGUUUAUCUUAAAGAAUCCCAAGGAAGCUGGAAGUCAUGUCUGGCACCAGGACUAUGGAUAUUGGUACAGACAUAAUCUAUUCCCAGACAUGAUAACAGUAUGGAUGCCAAUGGACAAGGCAACAAGACAAAACAGCUGUCUACAGGUGUUGAAGGGUUCUCACAAAUGUGGCAGGAUAGAUCAUAUCCCUGGAAAAGGCACCAUGCAAACAGAGGCCGAUCUUGAUCGCAUAGAGGCUUUGAAGAAAGUUUGUCCUCAUCUGUAUUGUGAGAUGGAACCAGGAGAUGUGUUGUUUCAACAUUGUAACUUGUUACAUACCAGCAGCCCUAACGACAGUGACAUGAGGAGAUGGGCGUUUGUUGCCUGUUACAACAAGGCGAGCAAUGAUUCCUUCAUCAAACAUCAUCAUGCAAGCUAUACAAAACUUGAGAAGGUACCUAACUCUGCUAUCAAAGAAUGCAAGAAUUAUAAAGACUUCAGUGGGAAGGAGUUUACUGACCCAAUUACCAACAUGGAAGAUAGAAAGCACUUCCCUCCCAGCAGUGUACAGGGAUAAUUAAUGUGGAAGUUCUUCCCAUUAAUAAAACUAACAUUUUAUUGUAGUCUGCAUGAAGGAAAAAAAUAUGCUGAUCUGAUGUUUUGAAUACAGUGAAAUCAUUCAUAUUCAUGGGGGGUCAAUUUCCAUGGAUUUCAUGGUUUAGUCAGUCCAUGAAAUUAAAUUCCAACAAACAAGUAAAAUCCCAAUUUAUUUUAUGUUCAAAAGCAGAAUUCCAUGAAAACAUAUCCCUAGUAAAUAGCCAUUUUGGCAAAAACCCACGAAAUUUCUUGCACACGAAAAUAAACGAUUUCAAAGUACCCAGGACUUUUUCUUGGAUUAUAUUUGUACAGCUAUUCUCUAGACUGAAUAUAUAUGUAGAAUAUGUGCAGGUUGUAGAAAAUGAAAAUUUUAUUAAAUUGUUGUUGAGAUAUCAGUUUGCACAAUCUUUCCAAUUUAAAUGCCAAUUGUAAAUUUAUGAAAAUAUGCAUAAUUGAAAUAAAUCUGAAAUUUUCA